AAACUGGGCCCAUUGGUCGGAUGUGCCAUGAGCCCAUGUGCGCCCAAGCUUCUCCCCUGCUGUAUUUCCAGGCUUUGGAUGGGCCUCAUUGCCAUCCUGACCAUCAGCCUCAGCAUCUGGCUUAGCUUCACAUCGGUGGACCGCCACUGGCAUCGUUGGCCAAGUCUGCUGGUAUCGGGAGCUGUGGCCGACGUGUCUGGCUGCUUUCCAUUGUGGGCGAGGCUUGCGCAUGACCAAGCCCGGCUCGGCAACGUUUCAGUCGGGCAUCAUGCUGCAAAUCUUCUUCCCAAAGCGCGGCGGAUAGGUUCUAGGAAGGCCCUCCGUGAAGAAAACGAGCACCACUACAUAGAUAAAAGUGCCACGCCAGACCUUUUGGACUUCGCCAUGUCGAUGUUGUGGGAGGCCCUUCAAGCUUCCAAGCGGAGGACCAUUGGGUGCAUUCAUCUGCUGCGAAAGCUCCUGGACCUGAGAAGGCUGCUCAGAUCACCCUGGCCUUCGUUGCUGGAUUGCAAGUUGACUCCAAACUCAGCGAGGAGGCCCCUGACCGCCGGCGAAUUCUUGGUGAGUGCUGAGCACGUGGGCCAAAGCGCCCUUUUUAGGAAACGAAUCUUUGACGAACUUCAGCCUGUGAGGCCCCAAUACUGAAAGCGCAAGUGCGCUCUUGGAG